AAUAUCGUAAAGGAGUUUCUCAACCUUGUCAAUAGUGAACACAAAUCGUUCUGUCUGUGGAGCGAAUCGUACUUAAAGCUAUUAAGAUACCGAACACAGGAGAGGCAGCGAGCAGGAAAGUAGAAUUCCCUGCUUCGGGAGGAAGCUGUUUAUUCGGCUAAGAAUGAUAGUUCAAAGGGAUGGAGGGUUACCUGAAAACAUGGCUUCUGAUUCACCUGCGUCAACAGCAAUACCCUUCCCAGUUGUCCAAUACCUGGAGCAGAACGUCAGAGCGUGGAUGAGGUCAACAAAGGGUCAGGAAAUAAUACAAUCCAUUAAUUACGAAGCUUGAGGCAUCAAUAAGUCGAAUAUACUAAGAAGAAAAAGAUGUGGUCAAGAACGUGGAUUGCAUUUAAUGAGAAAACUCAAUGAAGCCGAAAAUUGAGAAACGUGUUUGAUUUUUUUCUUGCCUAAUUUGAAGAAGAAAUCAUUAAAGGUUUUUUUGGAAACAGUCACUACUCCCGAUGUUAUCAUAACUCCUCCGAUGGAUCUCUCGCGUAAUGGUGUCAAUCAUACAGUUACCUGUGAAAAAAGUGAUUCACUACAGUCAGAGCAGAAAGAAAACCUAAACCACGAACAUAAGUCUCGAAUACCAUUAAAAAGACAUGAGAUCGAAACAGGGAUUAACUUUAAUCCCAAUGCAAGGAAACUUCAGAGUUAUCAGAGAAUUAAAGAAAUGGUUUCUACUAGAAUCCCUUCUAGCUGUUCAGUUCCCCAUUCUCUGGCUCUCUCUGGGCACUCUCAACGCUCAGUUGGUCAGGAAAGUUCUUACAGCUCCACCUGGCGAGGAAGGUCGAGUUUCGGGAAAUCAUCUGCUGCAGCUUCUUUUUUUGCGAGGGCAGCUCAAAGGCUUAACUUACAGACUGCGAGAAAGAAGAAAAAACAUCAAAUGUCGGAAAGAUCGGUUUAUCCGUUGUUAUACCAUAGGAGCUUCGGCGAUCUUCUCAAACUGUCUCCACCGCCUCUUCCUCCAGGACUGCUUAGAAUGUCUAGCAAGCGAGAGACUCUAGGCUUAGGAAAAGUGAAGGUUAUGUUACGAAUUAGCCAAUCGUGUGAUGCCACGAGCUGUAUAACAGUUAACACUAGAAAGAAACAAGUUACUGUUUACGAUCCUCCUACUUUCUCAACACAGAGUGCAAUUCCUGCCUCUAUCACCCAUCAAGCUGGAAUUAACACGCCCAAGAUGUUUGCUUUUGAUGCUGUGUUUACUCCUGAAGAUAACCAGUCAGACAUUUGUGCUACAGUUUUAAUGGAUAUUCUUCCUGCUGUUGUCAACGGUACAGAUGGUUGUGUGUUCUCCUACGGUUACUCUGGACUAGGCAAAACGGCAACGAUGCUUGGACAGGGCCGUGGUUCUCAAGACGUGGGGGUCAUUCCCUGUGCGAUCAGCUGGCUAUUCCAGCUGAUCAAUGACCAGAAAGAUAAAUCGGGGUCUCGGUUCUCUGUUCGUGUGUCGGCUGUGGAAGUAGCAGGAAAGGAACAGAUAACAAGAGACUUGCUUGCCUCAGCAACUGAAGGUAGUGGAAAAUCUCCAGAUUCCUUUUUACUGGCAAACCUUUGUGGGUUACUGGUUCCGUCUGCAGAGAAAACUGCUUACUUACUUGAUGUGGCACUAAGUGCUCGCCAAAAACAAGAUUAA